ACAUUGAGUCAGUACUGUACUAAGUUAGAAUUAUUUAAAAAUAUUGUAUCGGUAAAAACAGCCCAAGAAUGUUUAGGGUGGAGGACUGUGGUAACCAAUCCCCAGAUAAUAAAGACGAUGAUGGAGCAGGUUGGCACAGACACAACGACUAAACACCAACAAUGGUUCUGGCAGCAGCUGUCCCCUCAACACCUCGAUCACAGGGUCAGACUCCCUACUGCCAUCACACUCCAUCGCCUCGUGCCCAAGACCCCUCACCCACCACCGGCCUCACACACGCCCGCUGCUGUCUCAUAUAAAUAUUUGAAACCCAAAGAGAUUGAGGAAGCACAGCUACAGGCAAGACAUGCUCUCCUUGAAGCCAGGCUGGCGCAGGAUGCACCUCCAGCUCCUGCCUCGGGUGGACAUCAGCCACAGGCCCCUGGACCCGGUGUAACCACUAGUUUGACAAACGGUGACGCUGUAGUGCCACAACAGUGUGAUGAGAGUACUGGUGCAUCCAAGACAUUAAUAAAAAAUGUGAAUAGCAAACCCACUGAACAGAGAGAAGCUUCCAAGAAAGUUAAGGGAGGAGCAGCUGUACCAGUCCACAGAGGAAUUGGAGAAGUGAAUCUUCGUAUUCGUCAAGUCACAAGACUGGUGGUCCAGAUCUCCCAUAGUGUGAAAGAACUGGAAUAUAUCCAAAUACAAACAAGUUCCAAGAGAGACUUUGUAUCCCCAUAUGAUAAUGAGAUCAAGAGGAAACGAUGGGAGGAAUUUCUCCAUUCUGCUGGACGUACACUUUUUUCUCUGAAACGAGAGGUGUCUGUGUUAGAGAGAAAGUCAUAUCAAGAAGAGAAACAGGGCAGCAGAUAUCUGAGAAUUUUGGCAGUGUCAACACGUACAAUUCACCGACUUCUCUUGGCACUCAAAACACAUGCAGAAAAUGUCUUUGAGUCAGCACCUGGGAAGAAACUAUUUGUUGAACUGGUCGCCAUAACACAGAGGCUCUUCUCACUUGCAGCCACUGUGGGUGUCAAACCUCCCAAACUGAGUAUACAGAUGACCAAACGAAGUGUUGAGAAUACAAGAGAAGACAGCAGCACUGAGUCAUCAGAGUUGGCAACAUCAGACAUUGACUGUGAUGCCCUGUCCAUCUUACACCCAAGUUAUGUGAGAGACACGAUAGCUACACUGGCACACCACAGACUACAGAAGAAAAGGAAAAAGAAGCAAAAUGGAGCCUCAAGAAAUUUACUGUUAAAUGGAAAAGAAGAAACCAAGAGACACACCAUUUUACACCUGCUGAAAAACAACAAACCCGGUGUCUCUCCGUCACAGAGGAGGAUACCUGUACCUCCAGCGUCCCCAACCAGAACUACUGGUAAUAUUGCACGACCCUCAGUUACUGCUUCAUCGUCAGGUCCUAAGGUCUCAUGGGUGAAGACUCUCAGGAAGGAUCAUAAAACAAGAGAUAUUGUACCGAAGAAACGGUCAGAGCCACCGUCUGAUAAGGGACACUCGUCGGGGUGUAGUGAUCGCCCCAUCGGGAGGCUGUCACCCGAGGCAUUCAUCUCUAAAGGGAAGAUGACGCCAUCAAGGAGGAAGCAGUCACCAGAGGGAGAUGUAUCUCCAGGCCAGAGUUCCUCUCCAGUAGAAGAAAGUUCUUGGCCUCCCCAGCCAGAUACUCGGUACAAGAUGAUAUCUUCUCAUCAACUGGUUGAAGACACUGCAGAGGCAGUUGUCAACCGACUACGAGUCUUGUUUAAACAAGAAACAAAGGUUUAUGUGGAGGAGACAAAUAAGCACAGAACUACUGCUGUGGAGGAAAAAAGUCAAGGAGAACAGGAACCCAAGUUUGAUGCUGGAGUGUCUCACCAGAUCCACUACCUGAUGGAGAGACUUUGCAAGAUUGAAGAUAAGCACAAGAAGGCAGAAGAGGUAGUCUCAGAAAUAUCACAACGGAUGGAGUCACAGCACCACUUGCCAGAUAUCAGCCUUGGGACAGCUAUACAGAAAGCAAAAUAUGUCAUGUCAACUUUGGAAGGCAAUAAGCCAUGCACCGUGGUACCUGAUGUACCCCGAGGAUCAUCCAGAGGACUAACUUGGAGCAAAAACACAAUUAUUCCUCAGAAACAGGAUAACAGUGUCUCUGGUCUUCAGUUACCCAUUAAACCCUACACUAAUGAUUAUCUAGUAACUAUGGAUGAAGAUGAAUCUAUGCAAAGGUUCCAAAAACAAGGAACUUUGAGACAGCUGGAAAGUCAUUGGUCUACUGCUGAAAGUAUUGAAAGCCAAGUGAAGUACCAAAAGGAAGAAUUCUGGGCUUCUAUGGUUCAAAGAGGUUUCAUCAAGCCACAUGAAGUCACUGCCAUUGGCACUCAAGAUAUGCAUCAAGUUAUGGAGAAGAUGCUGAGAAAACAUCCUUCCCCACCUCAGAUGAAUGUACAAGCAGAGAACAUCAUUAGGGAAAACAGUAGUGACAAAAACUCAUUCAGUGUAAGACAGGGAAAUGAAAAAGUACAUAAGCCACUGGCCACAACUAAUGCAAGGAGACAACGUACCCUAGUAACGGCACAGUUGGAAAAUAAGGAAACGUGCGUUGGUUCAUCUCUAGAAACUUCAAAUUCAUCAUUUCCGAAUAAAUAUGUGGAGCAUCGGUACUCAGGCGAGUCAAGUGUUAACCCAACUAGUGGUCAGUCUGAAGCUGGGGAGGAAGAUGAGUCUGGUGGUUCCAGUGUUUACAGUAAAGGUGUCUGUAAUCUCUCUACUGACGACAGUAUUUCUCAGCAGUCUUCAGCAGCGUCUAAGAGCGGAGGAUCUCUGAGUUUUCCGUCCUAUGAAGGAGUGAGCAGCUCUGACUAGGUAUUUCUUGCUAAAAUUUUUAUAUUUGUUACACACUGCUAAAGUCUGGCAAGUCUUCAUUGUCACAGUUAAGUAAUUAGUUAAAUAUCAAUCAAUUUUGUGCACAAAAUGUUUAUAAUUUAAUAUACUGUACUGUGUUUCUAUAAUUUCUCUUAUACCUAUAGUUCGGUGUUGACUUACUUCCUCUAAUUACCAAAGAUUUCUGUUGGAUAUUUGGUGUAGACAACACUCGCAUAUCCCGGUUAUCCUUAUUGGUGUGAUUCCCGCACCCUCAUCCUUUGCGUUAAGCAACACCAGUGUGAUCACAGCACCGUACGUGUUAAUAAUUUUCCCGCCCAUACUUUGAAUCUUGAUCAGCUGGUAUGUAGGGAGGCGGCUGCCACCCACAAAUUAUCUCUCGGCCUGCCUGUGUCUUCUCAAAGGUAGAUGUGUUUCCAGGUGUCCCUGCCACAGACUGAGUACCCAGGACACUGAGGAGUGUUUGUGGUUCUCAUUUAUCUGGAGGUGAUGAAGAUGUGGGUAACCCAGGAUGUAUGUAUGUGUGUGUGUGUGUGUGUGUGUGUGUGU